CAGAGCCCUGGGCGGGGGGAGCCAGAGGGUCGGUUGGAGGAGGCUUCUAUUCCCUGAGCUACCUGGGAGUUUUUAGUAGAGGCAAAAGUCCACUAGGGGCUGGUGGGCGGAGGGAGGGGAGGAGGGAGGGGACCGCUUAGGGGCACUGGGAGACCUGGGGGUAGGCAGGGAUACUCCUGGGCGAAGGAGAGGAGGCUGGGGGAGGGGGCGCGGUGGGAGGAGGAGUAGGAGAAGACAAAAGCCGAAAGCGAGGAGGGCCCUGGGCGCACCCAAUGCUGUGAACUGGACAACUAGUAGACAAGCAGCAUGGGGAAGGGGGGGAACCAGGGCGAAGGGGCUACCGAGCGCGAGGCGCCGAUGCCUACCUUCAGCUGGGAGGAGAUUCAGAAGCACAACCUGCGAACGGACAGGUGGCUCGUCAUCGACCGCAAAGUCUACAACAUCACCAAAUGGUCCAGACGGCAUCCGGGGGGCUUUCGGGUCAUCGGGCACUACGCAGGGGAAGAUGCUACGGAUGCCUUCUUCGCCUUCCACCGCAACCUUGAUUUCGUGCGCAAGUUCAUGAAGCCCUUGCUGAUCGGUGAGCUGGCCCCGGAGGAGCCCAGCCAGGACCACAGCAAGAACUCGCAGAUCACUGAGGACUUCCGGGCCCUGAGGAAGACUGCUGAGCAGAUGAACCUGUUCAAGGCCAACCACCUGUUCUUCCUCCUCCUCCUGGCCCACAUCUUCGUCAUGGAGACCAUUGCGUGGUUCACCGUCUUCUACUUUGGCAAUGGCUGGAUUCCAACGAUCAUUACGGCCAUUAUUCUUGCUGCCUCUCAGGCCCAAGCUGGAUGGCUGCAACACGAUUUUGGCCACCUCUCUGUUUACAAGAAGUCCACGUGGAACCACAUCGUCCACAAGUUCACCAUAGGCCACUUAAAGGGUGCCUCUGGCAACUGGUGGAACCAUCGCCACUUCCAGCAUCAUGCCAAGCCCAACAUCUUCCAGAAGGAUCCAGAUGUGAACAUGCUGCAUUUGUUUGUCCUGGGAGAACGGCAGCCCGUUGAGUACGGCCAGAAGAAGCUGAAAUACCUGCCUUACAACCACCAGCACGAGUACUUCUACCUGAUUGGGCCGCCCCUGCUCAUCCCCAUAUACUUCCAGUACCAGAUCAUCAUGACCAUGAUUGUUCACAAAGACUGGGUGGACUUGGCCUGGGCCGUCAGCUACUAUGCCCGUUUCUUCAUCACUUACAUCCCUUUCUAUGGUUUCCUGGGAUCCAUCCUUUUCCUCAACUUCAUCAGGUUCUUGGAGAGCCACUGGUUUGUAUGGGUCACGCAGAUGAGCCACAUCCCCAUGGAUAUUGACAACGAGGCCUAUCGUGACUGGUUCAGCAGCCAGCUGUCGGCCACCUGCAACGUGGAGCAGUCCUUCUUCAACGACUGGUUCAGCGGGCACCUCAACUUCCAGAUCGAGCACCACCUCUUCCCCACUAUGCCCCGGCACAACUUGCACAAGGUCGCCCCGCUGGUGAGGUCCUUGUGCGCCAAACACGGCAUCGAGUACCAGGAGAAGCCGCUGCUGCAGGCCCUGCAGGACAUCACUGGGUCCCUGAAGAAGUCUGGGCAGCUGUGGCUGGACGCCUAUCUCCACAAAUGAAGCUGCAGCCCUCAGGGCACCCAUGGGGAAGGGGGAGCUGGUAGGGGUGAUGGUCAAAGGGAAGUAUGGGAUUUUAUUCUGAGGGGUAUGGUGAAGCUGUGGGAUAUGCUGGCUUGCAGACUCUGAUUUUGGUCUUUCCUGUUUUGCUGUCUGGUUUCACUGCCUUCACCCUUCCUCAUGGGGCCUGUGCUGUCAGCCCGGCUCUCCCCAGCCAGGAGCGGAGAGCCAGGUGGCUCCAACCCGGCCUUCACCCUUGGCCCCUAAACAUCUGCCAGACCAGAGGUGCACCAGGGCUGCCUGUGACCCCCCCUUGCGGCCUGGCCUCCAGGCUUCACCCCCACCCUCUUUUCUCCCUCAGAUGCUCCUGAGGUCCAAGGGGCUGGGUCCUAGCCAGUAGGAUGGCUCCCUGGCCCUGCAGGCCCGGCUCUGCCCUCUGCCAGCUGCCCACCGCUUGCCCUUACAUGGGGCGGCGCACUUUGCGCCUGAGGGCUUCUUCCCACUGCCGAGAUCAGUACUCGGGGCAUCCCUGCAGGCCCUGCUUUUUCUUCAGAUGUUGGGGCCCUAGCCCUGACUCCAGGCUCCCUUUGCCUGCAGCACAGCCAGCUCAGGCCUCAGGGACCAGGGAAAUGUCCUCCUGGGCCCACUGGAGCCGUCUGACCCAGGACUCCAGGACAGUUCCAUCCCAUCUCCAGAGCCUGUGACCUUGGGUCCCAGGGAGCAGGGCCACAGAUGGGCUCAGGAGAAGCAGCGGCCAGGUUGUAGGCUCAGCCCUGUUCCCUAUCCCUGUUCAGAUGUGUGUCCUGGUUGGGAGGCCUAAGAUUCCGAAGCAAUCAGACCUUUCCCCCCAAAUGUUCCGCUACCUGCCAGGCAGUGCCAGCCAGAACCUGGUCAUUUGGGCCCUAUAGGCCGCAAGAGGGCGCUGGAGUGGGGGGUGCUCAUCACAGCCCCUCCUCGGGUUGGGGCUACCAGCGGACGUGCUCUUUCGUGGUCUUCCACGUGCUUGUGUCUUUUCCUGGUUUUUCUAAGCUUUUGCUACAGGUACAUUCUGAUGGGGGCAGUGGGACUGGGCCCUGUGACAAUCUGCCUUUGACUACCUGCCCUCAAAGCCUCCCCAGGCCCUGCAGUGGGCUGAGCUGGGCUCACUCACUGGGGCCAUGGUGGCCCUGACUGUCAGGAGGGCCACGGGGCACAGAGGGAAGGAGUCCUAGAGAAGGUGACCCUGAGGAUCCAGGGGCUUGGGAGGGGACCUAAUGAGGACCAAGUGGGACAAGGAGGGGUCAGGGCUGGAGGCCAGGCAGCUGAGGGGACAGGAAAGUGAGAGGGGAGGGUGCGGAGCCUGGCGCCACUGGGAGGACCCAGCGCUGCUGCAUUUGGAAAUUAACCCACUAACCAGUAUGUAGUCUCGGGGGCGGGAUAGGACAGGAACCAGUUCGGAGUGGGGGCUUUCAGGGGAGGGUGUCUGUUCCCCCAGCUCCGGCCAGCUAGGAGGUACCAGCCCUCCUGUGACAGACCUUCGAGUUGCUGUUGCAACAUGGACGCGCCUGAGGCCCUCCGGCUGAGAACUGGCUGGCCCAAAGGGCCACUGUCCCUCCCCAGAGGCGGAAUGGAUCCAUAGGGAACUGAUCUUAAUUUUUAUCAUGUUGCUUCCCCCACCUACAUUUUUGGAAAUAAAAGAAGUUAAUUUUA